AUGGAGCUGACCGCGACGACUACUCAGCUGCGCGAAGUUCAGUCUGUCAACCUGGGCUUGGAGAACAAUAAGAAGACCUUGCAGUCAGAGAUCGACAUGCUUAAACAAGAAGGGCAGAGAUUAAAUGAUAAAAAUACACCCAUCUCCUCCCAGCUGGCAAGCACUGCAGUUUCUCUGGACACACUAACAAAGGAGCUUUUAAUGCAAUUGAGUAAGCAAAAGCUCUUGGGUCUCACGCACUUGUUGAAGCCGAGCAAGGAAGUAUCAGAUGAGGAGGAGGGAGUACCGCUGGCCCCAGCCAUCGCAGUCAGGGAUGCAGCACUGGCUUAA